AUGCAUAUACCACCCAGCCACCCCGUCGCUGCAGGCCCAGCGACAGCACUACAAAGCUUAAUACCCACAUCCACACCCACACCCUACACCGCGCUAUCAUGGAUAUCGAAAGACGCCCACGGAGGCGGAGGAGGCGGCGGCGGAUACACAGAGAACUGGAGCAGUCUAAUCGGCAUCAUCACCGCCAUAAUAGGCAACGUGCUCAUCUCGUUCGCACUAAACAUGCAGCGAUACGCGCACAUACGCCUAGACCGCGAAUUCCACGAGAAAGAACGACAGAGGAAGAGGCGGAAGGCGGGCAUGGACGAUGCGGGGAGAUUGGCGGAGGAGGUGCAGAAGAUGGGGUUGAGGAGCAGGAGGAGCGAGGGCAUGGUUGAGCAGAGGAGACGGAGGAGUAAUGGGCAGGAAGACGAUAUGUUUGAGGCGUCCGAGAGCGAUCCGUUGAUACCCCGGGAUACGAGACCGGCGGUGGGAAGAGAAGACAGCAACGAAUCGGCCAAGCAGGAGGUCUUCAAGCAGACGUCGUAUCUCAAAUCGCCGUAUUGGUGGUUCGGCAUCAUUCUCAUGACAAUCGGCGAAGCGGGGAAUUUCCUCGCGUACGGGUUCGCGCCUGCGUCUAUCGUUUCCCCGCUGGGCGUUGUUGCGCUCAUCUCGAAUUGCAUCAUCGCCCCGUUUAUGCUCAAGGAGCCUUUCCGCAAGAGAGACGCGUUGGGUGUUGUUAUUGCUGUUGGGGGCGCGGUUACGGUGGUGCUUUCGGCUAAUGACAAUAAUCCCAAGUUGGGUCCUGGAGAGAUCUGGGAUUUGAUUAGGAGAUGGGAGUUUGAGACGUAUUUGGGAAUUACGGUGGGGGUUAUUGCGUGCUUGAUGGUUGCGAGUAAUCGGUAUGGGGAGAAGAAUAUCUUGAUUGAUUUGGGACUUGUGGGGCUGUUUGGUGGAUACACAGCGUUGUCUACCAAAGGCGUUGCUUCGCUGCUUUCAUAUACGCUUUGGCGCGCCAUCACCUUCCCCGUCUUCUACCUACUGGUCGCCAUUCUUGUCGGCACAGCGGUAAUGCAGAUCAAAUACGUCAACCGAGCUCUCCAGCGCUUCGACGCGACGCAGGUCAUCCCCGUCCAAUUCGUCCUCUUCACUCUUGCCGUCAUCGGCGGCUCAGCAGUCCUCUACCGCGACUUCGAACGAACCUCAGGAGAAGACGCCGGGAAAUUCGUCGGCGGAUGCGCCCUAACCUUCUUCGGCGUCUGGCUCAUCACCAGCGGCCGCCCAUCAAACCAUGACGACUCCGACUCCGACCACGACCCAGAACCCGAAGACGCCAUCCACCUCGCCGGCGAAACCUACACAGACGCCAUCAACGAGCCCAGCGAAGAGGUCGCUGGAAGUACACGCCGUUCCUCAACAACACGCGCCCUCUCCCCACCCGUCUCCGUCCAACGCCGCUACCAAGACGACACCUCAGAAGACACACGCCCCUCAACCCCAAACAUUACCUUCACCCCCACCGACCCCUCCACCCCACCAAACCCCACCCGCCCAGCCACCGCCGACAUAAUCUCCUCCCUCGUCGCAAACCCCUGGUCCCACCCCAACGAACCCACCUACCGCAGCACCCCACCCCUAAACCGGCACACCUCCACCCCCGUCCUCCCCUCUGAAGCCGCACCCGCCCCCUUAGUCUCAGUCUCCGACACCGAUCUCCCACCGCCUAGCACGCCUACGCGCGGUAAAUCGUCGAAUGAAGUCCCCACGACGCCGGGGUCGGGAUUUGAAGAGGGGGGGUAG